CGUCUGCUACGGAGGCUAUUUCCUUCAAAUGUAGGCUAAUUCYUGAAGAACCGAGGAGAACUGAGCCGAGUAGAUUCUGUAUCCAUUCGUGAUCCUGUCUGCGAUCAUUCAUAGAAGUUCUCUUCGAAAAUCACAGAAACACAAUGGCUUAUUCUCCAAACUCCAAGCAGAUUCAUAUGGCGGUUGCAGAUGACGAAUUUUCAUGUCCUUUGUGCUGUGAAGUGUUUGAAGAUCCCAAGCUACUUCCCAACUGCGCUCAUAGCUACUGCAAAUCAUGUCUUCAUGAGCUGGUCCUUCGGAAUAAUUCGACUCGUGUUUCAUGUCCAGUGUGUAGAAAGGUCUCGAAUGUACCACUGAAUGGUAUUGACGGUUUUGCCACUAAUACGCUUUUGGUGAGACUCAUUGACAACAUUCCAGGUCGAAAAGACAAAGAGAUGGUUUCGAAAGCUUUAGCCCAGUGCAAGGACGAGAUAGAGAAAAAUAAAACUGCCCAGGCAGAAYUGGAGAGAAAACUUUCCAAAGUGAAUCAAAAYAGAGAGAAAGGACUGAUGCUGAAGAAGGAGAUCUCAGAACAUGCUCAAAAUGCCAUAGACUYAAUCAGRCAAUGGGAACAAAAGCUUUGCAGUAAAGUAGAUGCACACCUUAAAGAAAACUGUGGUUUGGAGUUUUCUGCUAAACUUGAAGAGCAAAAGCAGAAAUUGCAAAACCACAUUGAAGAGUCAGGUGCCUGUUUUAAGAAUGUUGAGGAAAUGUUGAACAGAAAUGAGAUGGAAGAAAUUUUGGAAAUGAAGAAAGUAGUGUUAGAGCAGUUGCGUGAGUAUUCUAGUUUACCCUCAUAUCUGUCAAUGGAAGGCACUAAGACUAUCCAAGACUUUGAAAUGAAAUUUCAAAAACAUGAAGUGAAGCAAGACCUUGGAGAAGUGUUGCAGCCCUCUCAGAAGACAUUACCAGCCAGGACUGAAUGUUGUGGGUUUGCCUCAGCUGUUCCUUGUCUUCCUUCACAUCUUGGUGCCUCAUCUUAUUUGAGAUCAGAAUCUAGCACAUCUUCCUAUGAGGACACUUCAGUUUGGCAGUCAAGGCAAAAACUGUUAGAAGUUCCUCUAAAAUUUGAACCAUAUCGAUUGGCUGUUUGUGCGAGAACUGGUGAUAUUGCACUACUUUGGGAAGAAAAAAUGCAAGUUCACCUUUAUAGUAGUGAUGGAAGACACAAAAACACUAUUACUAUCAAAUAUGGAGAUCUUUGGGAUGUUGGUUUUACCAUUGACAAUGAAAUUGUGGUUGUCAACCGACAACACAAUCGUUUGCUGUUGUAUGAAAAAGAAGGCCAAUUUAUUAACUUUGAAGUUGAAAUCCCACGAGAUUGUUUGAAGUACACAUAUGUGUCCAUUGAUUCAGAGGGCCGCCUGAUUGUGACUUCUACAAGAAAUGAUGAUGAAGAAGAUGAAAACAUUAUUCCUUGCAUCAUUGUCUACAAAAACGGUUGUUCAGAUUCGUUUAAGAUGUUUGGAAGACGAUCCCUAGUCAGGCCAGUCUCUCGAGCCAUUUAUCAAAAUGGGAAAUUUUACAUUGCUGAUGAAUGCGACCCUGAAUUUGUCGUCCGAUGCUUCAAUUUUCAAGGGAAACAUUGCUUAAACAUUACGAUGGAAGGAAACGGUGAUUGGUACUAUUCUAUCUCAUCAGUAGAAUGUAAUGGCAAAGUGUUUGUGAUGAGAACAUGCCUCAAUGAAACCCUUGUUACCAUCAUUCAGGGUGAUGAAGUUGUUGAAUUUAUCAAUCAAAAACAGCACAAUUGUUCUAAUGUGACAGAAGCUGUGGUGAUUCRUGACUCACCUGGAUCAAUUACACAGGCAGAAAUCUAUGAAGAUCAAAAGAAAUUUGCUAUAGUCAAGUAUUUUUGAGUAAAGGAUUUUGGAGGAAAAAUKACUAAAUGAAWAGCAAUUAACAYUAACAGGGUAAUGGACUCCACCUUACC